CCAGGCUGAUCUUGAACUCCUGACCUCAUGAUCCAUGUGGCUCAGCCUUCCAAAGUGCUGGGAUUACAUGCAUGAGCCAAUGCACCCGGCCUAAUGGAUCUCAUACUAAAGUACAGUAAGGUGCAGUGGCUCAUGCCUGUAGUCCCAGCUACUCUGGAGGCUGAGUUGGGAUAAUAUAGUACACUAUUUGAAAAUAAGAUUAACUAGUAUGCUGAGAGGAAAUGAUUUUUUUUAAUGAGCCAUUUUAUUAUAGGAAUUAUUUUGAAGUAACAUUUGUGGCUGUCUCAGUUCAGUAAAGCUUAGCAUAAUUUAAUGUCUAUGAAGUGAGUUUCAGUGUUUGCUGUCUAGCCACCUGAUAGAUACUUAGGUACUGUUUUGAAAUUGUUGCCUUCAAAGAUGCCUCAAAACAGGAUGGAAAUUUGAGUUAAAUCCUUAAGAUAAAAGCAUUAUAUAUUUAUUGGCUUUUCUUUUUGUUCCCUAAUGGGAAAUGAAAAAAACAAAAAACAAAAACAUGGGUAAUAUUUUGAACAACUUUAUAUUGCCAACAGCUAGUGGAAUUUAAAACCUUAGUAGGAAAGUUUCUUUUACUAAUAGAUUUUAUAAGGAGAAAAUGAACUUUUGUUUCAGAGUGAAUGAAUGAGUACCUUUUGCAGUAUCAUUUUGGGUUGAUCUCUUAAAAGAAUUCUAGAAGGAAGAAGUCCAGUACAUAUAUAUAAACUCUAUUAUGACACCUUUACUUUGAUGUGAUGGAGCUGCUUGAAGAAGAUCUCACGUGCCCUAUUUGCUGUAGUCUGUUUGAUGAUCCACGGGUUUUGCCUUGCUCCCACAACUUCUGCAAAAAAUGCUUAGAAGGUAUCUUAGAAGGGAGUGUGCGGAAUUCCUUGUGGAGACCAGCUCCAUUCAAGUGUCCUACAUGCCGUAAGGAAACUUCAGCUACUGGAAUUAAUAGCCUGCAGGUUAAUUACUCCCUGAAGGGUAUUGUGGAAAAGUAUAACAAGAUCAAGAUCUCUCCCAAAAUGCCAGUAUGCAAAGGACACUUGGGGCAGCCUCUCAACAUUUUCUGCCUGACUGAUAUGCAGCUGAUUUGUGGGAUCUGUGCUACUCGUGGAGAGCACACCAAACAUGUCUUCUGUUCUAUUGAAGAUGCCUAUGCUCAGGAAAGGGAUGCCUUUGAGUCCCUCUUCCAGAGCUUUGAGACCUGGCGUCGGGGAGAUGCUCUUUCUCGCUUGGAUACCUUGGAAACUAGUAAGAGGAAAUCCCUACAGUUACUGACUAAAGAUUCAGAUAAAGUGAAGGAAUUUUUUGAGAAGUUACAAUACACACUGGAUCAAAAGAAGAAUGAAAUUCUGUCUGACUUUGAGACCAUGAAACUUGCUGUUAUGCAAGCAUAUGACCCAGAGAUCAACAAACUCAACACCAUCUUGCAGGAGCAACGGAUGGCCUUUAACAUUGCUGAGGCUUUCAAAGAUGUGUCAGAACCCAUUGUAUUUCUGCAGCAGAUGCAGGAGUUUAGGGAGAAAAUCAAAGUAAUCAAGGAAACUCCUUUACCUCCCUCUAAUUUGCCUGCAAGCCCUUUAAUGAAGAACUUUGAUACCAGUCAGUGGGAAGACAUAAAACUAGUCGAUGUGGAUAAACUUUCUUUGCCUCAAGACACUGGCACAUUCAUUAGCAAGAUUCCCUGGAGCUUUUAUAAGUUAUUUUUGCUAGUCCUUCUGCUUGGCCUUGUCAUUGUCUUUGGUCCUACCAUGUUCCUAGAAUGGUCAUUAUUUGAUGACCUGGUAACUUGGAAAGACUGUCUUUCAAACAUCAGUUCCUAUCUGACUAAAUCAGCCGAUUUUAUAGAACAAUCAGUUUUUUACUGGGAACAGGUGACAGAUGGGUUUUUCAUUUUCAAUGAAAGAUUCAAGAAUUUUACUUUGGUGGUACUGAACAAUGUGGCAGAAUUUGUGUGCAAAUAUAAACUAUUAUAAAAUCUGUUUCAAGUAUGCAGUUCUCUUUUGUUAGAAAUUGUUAGAGAAUAGAGAGUGGUAAUUCAGAUUUGGUCGACGAUUCUAGUCACAUAUUUUCCUCCAAAAGUAUUCCUUCCAAAAAUAAUCUAUACAUGUUCAAAUUAGGUAGCAUAAAGAUAAAAGUGAAAUUUAGUAGUAUAGGCCUGAACCUUUUUUUGUUUAAAGAGUGCUUUUGAAGUAAGCAUCCACCCCAAAUGUUGGUUGUAUUUAUGCUGUGAUAAAAAUAGGUGAGAGAUCGUAUGUUCUAGUAUUGUAUUGAUGGAAGUAUAGGUAGUAUAGUAGUGAUUGUUCAUCAAUCAUGCAGUAAAGACCACUUUUUUUUUUUUGAGAUGGAGUCUUGCCCUGUCGCCCAGGCUGGAGUGCAGUGGUGCAGUCUUGGCUCACUGCAGCCUCCACCUCCCAGGUUCAAGUGAUUCUCCUGCCUUAGCCUCCUGAGUAGCUGGGAUUACAGGUGUGUGCCACCACGCCCAACUAAUUUUUUGUAUUUUUAGUUGAGACAGGGUUUCACUGUCUCUCAAGACCAUCCUGUUAGCCAAGAUGGUCUUGAUCUCCUGACCUCGUGAUCCGCCUGCCCCGGCCUCCCAAAGUGCUGGGAUUACAGGUGUGAGCCACCGUGCCCGGCCAAAGACUACUCUUAAAGCACCUUUUUGACGGUGAACAUGCUCUAAAAAAGGAAAGAUAUUGUAGAAGUUUCACACACACACACACACACACACACACACACACGUGUGCAGGAGACAACUGGGGGUAUUGAAGGUACUAAUUAAUUAGAUUUCCAAAAUUUUCUACAGAGAGUUAAUUAUCACCAAAAUGUGAAUGGUACAUACAAAACCUGGCAUUUUCUUGUUAUAAGUUUACAUUUUUAGGAGAGUGGAGCUUUCAAUCUGCCCUUUUCUCCUUUGUUUUUGUAGUUUUCACCAAAGAUCAACUAGAAAUGUUAAGUGGCUAUGCAAGCAAAAGCAUAGAUAGGUUAAAAAAAAAAGGAUCAGGUGGCUGGGCAUGGUGGCUCAUGUCUAUAAUCUCAGCAUUCUGGGACAGUGAUGUGGGAAGAUUAUUUGAGGCUAGAAGUUCCAGUUCGAAACCAGCUUCAUAAACAUAGCGAGACCCAGUCUCGACCAAAAAAAAAAAAAAUAUAUAUAUAUACAUAUACACACAAACACACACACACAUAUAUAUAUAUACAUAUAUAUAUGUAUAUAUAGAACACAUGGCAAGAGCAGGAAAUGGGAAGACUACCUUUAUUCUGGCAGCUAUGUGUUAUUUUGUUCCAAAGAUGGCAAGUGUACAACCAAACCAAUCCACUUGCUUACAGAAAGAAUGUUCAGUGUAGUUAAGACUAAUUUGACAACAGAUAAAACAGUCUGUCAGCUAUUACAAAGUACAAAGUAAUCAGCUGAACACUAAUGCUGUUGUCUGCUCACAUGAGAUAAAGAUACCCUCUCAUGGAAUAAAAAAACUCACCUUGCUUAGAAUUCAUAUAACAAGUAACCUUAUAACUGCUUUCUAGUCUGCCUUAUUUCUGUCAUAGAGUAAGAUAUUCCUUGAAAGCCCAUUAAGUGGAAUAGACUUUCUGAAAAUAAGAGAUCUUUACCUCAGUCGUCCUCUAAUUUGGUUGAGAGGAGGUAAUGAAAAUGGGGACAGGAUAAAAGGCGGCAACUAAAGCACAGAAGAAAUGAUUUCCUUCUAGCUAUGAGAAUAGUCAAAUUGAGCUUGCCAGGCGAGGUAAUGGCUAUCUCGUUCCUGACAUGUAAUUCAUGAUUUAGCCACUAAAUUGCUAAGGAGAUCAUAAGGAAUUAAGAAAAACGUUUAAGUCUAGCCUCUGUGUGGUAGACAGGUAUGGGGAGGGAGAAUGCUUUUCCCCUCCCAGUAAUUAAAAAAUUAUAUAUGUGUAUAUAUAUAUAGUUUUACUAGGUUUUCAUGGAUAAUUUUUUAAAUGUAAGACAGGAAAGGGAUCUAUUUGAUGUCUAUCUUCAGAUAUAUUGGCAGUUUUCCUUAAACUACUUAGUUCCUCAUCUGUUGCUUUUUCAUUUUGUAUACUGCAAGUUCCCAGGCAACUCGAAUUUGCAAACACAGCCAUGGAUACGCUAUUUACCUUAGUUUCCUGGGAAUCUAAGUCUGGUUUUUGUUAUUCUUCCCUCCCCUCCGUUGUAUAAUCAUGUAUAACUAGCAACAUUUAUGGUUAUAGGUUGAUUUCCUAAGUGUGGCUGAUGGUAGUAGCCUCUAGUUUGAAGUGAAGGAAGAAUGAGUAGUCCGGAACUGGUCACUUUGAAUUUGGGAGGGAAGAUAUUCACGACAAGGUUUUCUAUGAUAAAGCAGUUUCCUGCUUCUCGGUUGGCAUGCAUGUUAGAUGGCAGAGACCAAGAAUUCAAGAUGGUUGGUGACCAGAUUUUUGUAGACAGAGAUGGUGAUUUAUUUAGUUUCAUCUUAGAUUUUUUGAGAACUCACCAGCUUUUAUUACCCACUGACUUUUCAGACUAUCUUAGGCUUCAGAGAGAGGCUCUUUUCUAUGAACUUCGUUCUCUAGUUGAUCUCUUAAACCCAUACCUGCUACAGCCAAGACCUGCUCUUGUGGAAGUGCAUUUCCUAAGCGGGAACACUCAAGCUUUUUUCAGGGUGUUUGGCUCUUGCAGCAAAACAAUUGAGAUGUUAACUGGGAGGAUUACAGUGUUUACAGAACAACCUUCAGCGCCGACCUGGAAUAGUAACUCUUUCCCUCCUCAGAUGACCUUACUUCCACUGCCUCCACAAAGACCUUCUUACCAUGACCUGGUUUUCCAGUGUGGUUCUGACAGCACUACUGAUAACCAAACUGGAGUCAGGUAUUUUGUACUUUGCAGUAUUUCUCUUGUAUACCAGUUUGUGAUGUUUUCUCUAAAAACUUGAAGUUCCUCAGGCCUGUAACUUCUCCUGGAAAAGAUGAUUCUUCAAAAUAAUGUUUUGGAGUAAUCAGUGGAGUUGGGUAGAAUGACCAAAUAAUUAUUUUCCAAACUGGGAUACUUUUUAGAGUGAAAGGGGCUAUUAUUAGGUGGGACAAAAGGAAUAAAUGAAGACUGCCCAGAAAAAACUGAGACUAUGGACAUUCAAAUCAUGGGAGAAAAUAAUUUUAUAUAUUAUGUUCCAUUGCUAAUGAAUUUGACUUAGAAAAGAAUUACAUUUUUUUUUUUUUUUUUUUUUUUUUUUCCUGAAGACAGAAUUGCCUUAUUUUUAAGAGAUUCUUUCAGUGGUUCACAUAAAGUCAAGUCUCGCUCACUGGUUUCUCUUGAGUUCCUUACACACUAUAUAAUUUGUUCUUUCAGUUCUUAUGAUUCAACUACUGUUUUUCCUUCAGCUGACUUUAUUUUUAAACACCCUUACAGACAGAUAUAUCUCAUGGCAAAUUUGGUAUCCUGUUACAGCCUUGGCUCUUAAACAACUCAAAAUAUUGGGAUAGGCUGUCAGUAUGUUAAGGAUAGUUGCUCCUGAGUCAAUUCUUCACUUACUCCCUCUGUUGUUCUUGGCUGGAUCCUAACGCUGAUUUCCACUCUGCUGUCACAAACAUUUUUUCCCCCCGUAAAAUGUCUUAAUGCUGUCCUACCAUUAUUUUACCAACUGUGAAAGCUGGCUUUAAUUUUUAGGAGGAAAAGAAAAGCCUGCAUGUGUUCUUUAUUGGUAUCAUUUAAAAUAUACUUUUUUUUUUGUGGUAAACGUAGGCGUAUUUUAAGAUAUUUUCUUAACUUCAGCAGUAGCCAACAGGAAGGAUAACAGUGUCUCUCUCUCUUAAUGACACACUCCUUGGUUUUGCUUACCAACUGGAGGACACUAGGUAGUAUAACCGAGUAUGACAAUUCUUAAGUGUUUACAUUUUAUAACUUCCUGUCCUUCCAAAGAGGUUGAAAUGUCAUUUUGAGAAAAGAGAGCCAGUCAAGCUAGUAGGCUGAUUGUGAAGAAAAUCUAAUACCUUAUCUUUAUCUCAAACCUCUGUACAACUUUAUUUUCAUUGAUGGGAUACUUUAACAAAAAUGAAAAUUUUUUUGGUUUUUAAAAUUUGAGUGAUUAUGACCUCUUUGGGGAUCAUGCUUCAAAAAGUCAGAAACCUAGAGAAAAAACUGUCAUUGAUUUUUAAGAAGAAACACAGUAGGUCAAAAGAAGAUGUCCUGGAAAUACGAAAUACUCUUUAAAAACCAUGCAUUUGGAGAAAGUAAUUGUUACCUUGAAAAACAUGAUUAAAAACUAAAACUGGGAUGUUCCUGUGUGUACACAGUGCCAAAUGGUUUUCCCUUUUUAUGUUGUGUUUGUGUUUUAGAAACAGCACAAAAGUUUUUUCCAUUUUAAAGUGAGAAAACAUUAUAUUUAGACUUCCUUAAUUCCAAAAUCAGAAGCUGUUUUUAAAAUUAGCAUUUUCUUGCAUCACCAAAUGGUAUUCAAUUGUUUGAAGCUCAAAAUUUUUUCCAUUCCAUAAAUGUUUGUGAAUUUUUAGACAGUGCCAAUUUAAAAGUAGAGAUAGCCAAUCUGAAUACAGUGACAUUAUGGGGAUCUCUGGUGAUUGGGAUGAAAACUCUGGCCUUAAAAGGCCCACUUUUAGUAUAUAAUUGCCUAAUUAGCAAUCAUUUUUAUUUUUUGCUCGCUCCCUGGUCUGAAUCUGUCUAUUCAGAUAUUUUUGGUAGGUUUGGAAAAUAGAGAAGUGAGCCUAAUUGGUGCCUAAUUGUCUGGUGUAUCAUUCACCUUAUUCAGUUUGUUCUAUCAAUAUGAUUUACCCUUCAAGGUUAACCUAGCAGGUUGCUCAGUUAUUAUCUCUCAAGGUCAUAGUACUAGAAAUACUUGGCUUGCAUCUUUCAGAUGCCAUUCAUGUUAUCAAGCUCAAGUUAUAGUUGGUCACAGGAUUCUAGAGUCUUUAUUUGACUUCUCCUUUUUGAACUGGCUCAAAUGGAAAAGUGUAGUUGCUUUUAAAUUUUAAAAAUAAGUUUAGACUUUCUAUUUCCCAUUGGUUUCCCCUAUUCUGUCCUUUCUUUGUGUGCUUGAAAUAUUUUAUUUUUCAGUUUGUCCUCAUAGGGAAUCAAGUAUUUUAGCUAGGUGAUUUCUUGCAAGUACAUUCCACUUUGUUACAAUCUACUAUCUGUAUAUACUAUUUGUAUCUUAAUUCUUUUAUGAGAUGUUCUGUAACAUUUUUUCUCUUUGACAAAUGUUUUUAGACUGUACAGUCAAGAUCUGGGGCUUGGGGGUAAGUGGAAUGAUUUGCUAAUAUUGAGAAUCUGUUGUAUCAAACAUAAUAAACAUUUUUUGAGAUGUGCUUUAUA